UAACCAAAUGGAAGGACAAUCAAGAGAUACAAUGAAUGAACAACAAUGUUUGGAGACAAAAUUAACCAACAUGCUUCAAAAUGUGAAACCUCCAGAAAGGUAUGAACUCGAUAUGCAAUGCAUUUAUAGAGUACCACCAGACAUUCGUGAAACUAAUCCCAAAGCCUACACACCUCAAAUUGUUUCAAUUGGCCCUUUUCACAAAGCACGUUACGCUGGAAAGGAAGACAGCAUUUUUGAGUCAAUGGAAGAGCUUAAAGUGAAUUAUCUCAAGGCAUUUCUAAAUCGAACUCAAGUACCUGUGGGAACCUUUGUUGACACACUUCAAAAGUUGGAAGACGAAAUUCGAAGUUGUUAUGCAGUGCAUAUUAAAUAUAACAGCGAUGAUUUCUUAAAGAUGAUUCUAAUUGAUGCUUGCUUCAUAAUUGAGCUUUUUUUGAGAUAUCAUACAUAUGAAGAUUGGCAGGGAAAGGACCCUGUGUUGCUAAAAGACUGGAUGCUAAUGCAAAUUAGGAGUGACUUGAGACUACUAGAAAAUCAGCUUCCAUUCUUUGUUCUUGAACAACUUUACAACCUCGCUGGUAUGAAUCAGGAAUUUCCCUCCUUUCUUCAUAUUUCUUUCAACUGCUUGAAGUAUGUAGGAUAUGGAACAUCAUCGUGUCCAACAGAGUCCCCAAAGCACUUCACCGAUCUUAUGAGAACUAGUAUAAUAUCGUCAUCAAAAUUUGUUCUUAGAGAAGAAGAAGAAUGCAAAGGAAUAAAACAUGUAUACAGUGCAAGCCAACUACGGGAGGCAGGUCUUAAGUUCAAGGUCAGUCCAAAUGAAAAUGAAUGCAUACUUGACAUCACCUAUUCCGAUGAGGGUGUGUUGACAAUGCCAAUCUUGAAUAUAGGUGACGAUUCAGAAAUGUUCUUCAGGAAUAUAGUGGCAUUUGAGGAAUGUCACCUUUCAGAUGAUACAAACAUCAUUACUCAAUACCUAGUGAUUCUACAUUUUCUUAUCAACACUGAAAAAGAUGUGAAUGUACUAGUUGAUAACAAAAUUAUUGUCAAUUGGAUGGGUGAUGCUAAUAAAGUGGCUACAAUGGUUAACAAUCUGGACUCAAAUCUUGCAAUGCCAGACUUCAAUUCACACUACUACUCUCUCUGCAAUAGCUUAAAUGAAUUCUAUGAAAAUCCUCGCAACAAGUACAAGGCUAGGUUCAGACUCUUCAUAAACGAGUACUUCGACGCUCCUUGGACAAUAGCAUCUACAGUUGCUGCAGUUGUGCUUCUUUUGCUCACAGUGAUUCAGACUAUAUGUUCAAUAAUCUCACUGUUUUAAUU